AGAACUAAAUGGUCUUCUGUUGCAGCUUGUUAUUCAAGAAUCCUUUCCCAUUCUCAAUGCUCGCUUUGAUGUCAACACCACGCAACUGAAGGUGAAAGUAAUGGCAGCUGAAAAUAGGGAUAGGUUGGAGGAGGACCAAGUCAAAUUAGCAAACAGGAUCGUUGAUAAACUGUUGGGGUUUACAGAAGUUUUCAGGGCCCUUGUCGAAAGUAAAAAGCCCAUUAUAGGUCACAAUCUGCUCACCGAUCUGAUGCUGUUUUACGAGAAGUUCCACCGACCUUUACCACGUAGUUAUUCAUCAUUCAAGGCCCAACUUCAUGAGUUGUUUCCUAAAGUGUUUGACACAAAGUACCUGUCGUAUGAAAUGAGAAAGAAUCUAAUUGAUGCUGGCCUCCCGGUCCAAAACACAAGUCUAGGUUGCUUGCUUGAAAACCUUUCAUCGAAAAAAGGAACACUGAUUGUUCUUCAUUCACCCCAUAUCUUCCAUGGGGAAAGGUUUCACAAAUAUGUGGAUGGUGGUGUCUUGCACGAAGCGGGUUAUGAUGCAUAUGCAGCUGGAUAUGUUUUUAUGAGGCUAGCACAUUACAUUACUGCCAAGGAUAUCAAAGUCAUGGCAAGUCGACCUCUUGACUUCAGAGAAUACAUUUGGAAGCUGAAAGAUUACAAGGAUAAGGUCAACAUCAUCAGAGCUGCUGUAAACCAUGUGAAUCUCUCAGGGUCAGACCCACCUAGCAGGAGACCACAGUGGCUUCAUGUAACAUCUAAGAAACUAACUCAGUCAUUGGAUGGGGUUAAGCUUGCACACAUCUUUGGUUCUUACAGCUCAGUUGAUGUUCAGGUUAUUGACAGAAGACAUGCUCUAUUAGCUGUAGCAACUUUUGGAGGAUGCAAAGAUAUCAUGAGAGCUUUCAAAGAACAUGACACUCUUUCAGUUGUCAAGUACAGCCCCUUACACCACAGCAAACGUGUUAGGAUAGGACUGUGGAGUGCCUUGAUGUUUUCUGGAGCUAUAUGUGUCUGGGCUUUCUUUGGCAACCAACCCAAACCAGCCAGGUGAUUCCUCCAUACCUUAGUCAGGUGACUAACAUCAGGUGACCAACUCAUGUGACCAAGUCACACGACCACCUCUUCAGAUAUUGUGCUGGAAUGAGGCAAUGAGGGGUAGUUAUACAACCAUUACUUUUAUGGUAAUAUCUUUUCAUCAGAUUUCUUCUUGAGUCCUCAUCUAGAAGAAGGAGAUCUGUCUAUGACCUAAAAUUUCCACCUAAUCUUGACCAAACCACAAACUUAUUUCUUUUGUUGACUUGCAUCAUUUGAGUUCCAGGUCAGUCACUCAGUGGCGGGUUUAGCCUGAUUACCAUUUUGCAAAACAGUAUGGCCCAUUGAAUGGUGUAUAAACCCACUUGGAUCUGCCCCUAGUUCACUAACUGAGAGUAGGAACUUAUAUUAUUCUGAUUAUUGCGUGAUAGCUCUAUGUCCCACUAUUGAAUUAAUUGAAAUUUGGCCAGUGUGUUUCUUCAAAGCUGUUAGUAAGUUACAUUUAACUUAUGAAGUCAUGAUGUUCUUGAUUGCUAAAUCGGAUUCUUGGUCAUAUUGAUUUCUUUCAGCUGAAUUUAAAAUGUGAUUGCUGUAGAUUAAAUGAUUGUUAUUAAGAAGUUUGUGAAUGCAAAUCUUAUUAGUGGUUGGAAUUUGAGUGGGGUUAUAGGAAAUUCAAUCUCACUUUGUUGAAACAUAAGGGGAAAUUUGUAGUACUGGUAUAUCAUUUAUCACAAAAACACGCUCCAUUCAUUUAUGGAUAAAGCCCUGCAUACAAGCCUUAUAUAUCAUGUAGGUAUUGCAAAUUUUUAUCAAAGGCCAAGUCAACCUCCACAUAUAGUUGAUCUGAUUACCUGAAAAGAAAAUGAAACAAGUGUAACCAUGAUUUUUUUUUUCAAAUUUGUAUGUAAGAUAAAAAGUUACAGAGUUUUAAAAUUUUGCUUAUUAAAAAAAAAUAUUCAUAUGCAAAUCCUGGCCUGUACUCAAAUGAGGAAGUCGCUGAUGUCACAUACCCGCUAUAAAUUUUACAUUUAUUAUAUGUCUUAUGAAAGAUGUCAAUUUGUAUAGCUGUAGUGAUAAAGUUUUUACUGACUCACAACUAUAGUAAUAGUGAUUUCAUACAUUUCUUGCAGAAUAAAAUCAAGAUUGACAUUAUUGGAGGAAAAACUUGAUAUAUUUGAUAUUUCAAAUAAUACAACACAAAAGAUAUAUUGGGUGCAUUACAUCAUUGGCUCUAGUGACCAAUCAAUGGUUAGUCUGCUGUGCAAACCCUUCACUCGAGUUACAUAUGCCUUGUGUACUGAAAGUCCUCCUGAAUUGAAACAGCAAGUUUUGUAUGUGCUAGACUUUGCAUGGAGACACACUUGUUGAUCAAAGGUUCAAUCAGGGUCUGUGCCUGCAGACUAAUCAAUAGUUGCGCAAGAAAAAGAUAUGCUUGAUCAAGUGUAAUUCUUGCAAUUGAGUGUAUAUUGAUUGCAAAUCGAGUGUAUCAUUUUUCAAUUUCAGCUGAUCCAAUUGAAACUGAUUGAGAAUUUGAUUUAACAUAAGAACAUGUUCUCUAGUGAUGUAAUAAUUAAAGAAUCUUGCCAUCUCUCAACCGAAAAAUUUCUCUUUCGGUAUGAAUCUCUUAUUCAGUGGACAUUUCAUAGUUGUGCAACCAACAUGUGCAAUGCUGAUACAGUAUUUAUCAAGCUACUUGUGUUUUUCAUUGCAGUGCAAUGCAAUUUACAAACUUGAAUGUAAGAUUUAAUUUAGAAUGAAGAUAAGUGGAACCUUACAUAUUACAUUUCUUGGGAGUGUGGCAUAGAUUCCUUAGUUAUUUGUUUAUUCCAUAGCCAUUAGAUAAUUAAGACACAUUGCAUACAGUAAAUAUUGCCAUUUGUGUAUGAAAAGUCUGUCUUAUGAUGCUAACAAUUUUUAAAGCAGCACCCUUUUUUUCUUCAGCCUUGUAUAACCAUCAAUCUGUAUAGGGCUUUUAUAAUCAGUUUAUUUAACUUCAACAAGUUUAUCAUCCCUAAAACUGGGUGAAUAAUUUGUGACCUUUUUAAUUAUUUUCAUAGGAUUUUGGAGGUGUAUUGUAAAACUUAGAAAAUGUCUUAGAAAUAGCAACUUGCCAAAUUCUCUCCUAAUACCAAGAAAAAAUAAGGAGUUUUCACAAUUUCUUACAACAUUGUGAUUAUUAUCCUGUAUGCUCAUUGUUACUUUGGAUGUAACUUCCAGAAAGGUAGUCAGUCAUCUUCAGUGCCUUUUUGCAUACAUUUGUAAUUAUUUUAUAUUUUGUUUUAAUUGUUAGAAUACAAAUGCAUGUUUUAUUUUGGUUUUUAUUGCUCAAGACAAUCCACAGUGGUUGCACCACUGACAAUACCACAAUACACAUAUUUAUUUCUUUCUUUUUUCUUUCAACUCUUGAAUAUGGGAAUGAUUGAAUCAUAAAAAUAUAAAUCGUUGACAGUUAACACAAAAGUAUUUGAAUGUUGGAGUCUUUUAUGGGUUUGGAUUUUAUUUAAAUAAGUUUUAAUUGUAACUAUCAUUUGUCAGUGCUUUAGAUAAAAAAAAAUAUAUUUUUCCUGCAUUUGAAAAUUAAAACCAUUCUCAGACAGUGCCUGAUCAUUCAUUCCCUGAAUGUAUUAACGUUUUAAAUAAGAGCCAUGUACAUAUAUGAUGAUUAUGCCAUAAAGUAUGUUUUGUAAUGAAAUAAAAUCCUCAAAUUCA